GUUAAAAACUACGACAAGGAAACCUUAUCUAUGAAUAUAAAUUUUAAAUCAUUUUUAAACGUAGUUGCCGCGGUGUCUUAUUACAAGUAUCAUAUAUUUAGGUUAUAAUUAUGGAUUCUGAUUAUGAACAAAAAGUCGCCAAACUGAAAUCGAAAAUUAAAAGUUAUCCCGAUUUCCCAAAAGAAGGUAUUUUAUUUUGGGAUAUUUUUUCUGCGAUAUCAGAUGGGCCUACAUGCAGACUUCUACAAAAUUUAUUUGUAACGGUUAUUCGUGCUAAAUAUCCAAAUGUAGAAGCAGUAGUUGGAUUAGAGUCCAGGGGAUUUCUCUUUUCCUUUUCUGUGGCAACAGAACUGGGUAUUGGAUGUUUGCCAAUAAGAAAAAAAGGGAAAUUACCCGGGGAAGUGAUUUCCUAUAAAUACGACUUAGAAUAUGGUUCUGAUAUUUUACAAAUUCAAAAGGAUUCCAUCCGUCCAGGUAUCAAGUGCCUGAUUAUUGAUGAUUUAAUUGCAACAGGUGGCUCCAUUACAGCAGCUACAAAUCUUUUACUAAACUGCAAGGCAGAUGUUGUUGGUUGCCUUGUUAUAAUGGAAUUGAUAUCUUUGAAUGGUCGGAGAAACAUUCCUAAUGGUAUUCCAGUUCAUUCGUUAAUUAAAUAUGACUAGGAAAUGUAAUCUGUAAAAAAUGCAAACAUUAAUUAAAUUUAAAUGUAUGUAUAGUCCAUUCCUACUAGUACAAAGGUAGACUAUGUAAAUAUGUUACACUAUAAUGUUGUUGCCUAAUAAUAGAAUUGAAAAAAAAAAGACAAUUGCAAUACAAUGUUAAGUGAUCUAUAAAUACUUAGAGAAUUAAGUAUGACAUGACAUCGACUGAAAACUUAAAAUAAUGAAAAGAUGCCAAUGUAGAUUUGUUUUUUUUUUAUUAAUAUGUUUAGGCAGCGCUUAUUGUAUCAAUGCUGCAAUUUCUGUUGUUCACAAUUUCAAAAUUAAAAUGUACUAUAAGUUUGACUGUUGAUUAAUCUUGAUUACUUUAUUAAUGUCAUUGAUUACAAAUAGUAAUAUUUUUUUUUUGUAUUUAUAAAUGGACUGGCAACAUUUCAUUACUAUUGUUUUAUGAAAAUGACGUUCUUCUGAAUGCAAUUGAAAUGCUACUGUUGUACAGAGGUUAUUUAUUUUUUUCAGGUAUUGUAUAUUAUUGUAUCCAUAUUGUCCUAUUUUUAUCCAUUCUUCUUUUAUCUGUUGACUUAUUUUUUUGAAAUAUAUAUACAAUAUACAUUUUUAUUUUUACAAUUUAAACAGACUGUUAAAGGUAUAAGUGAUAAAGCC